ACACCUCGAAUUUUGCACGUAAACGCCAUAAUAUCCCGCAAACACGCGUCCAAACGAACUUUAAAAGCGAUUUCAGGACGUUUGCGAGUGAACGCUGCCACUUUGACGCACAAUUUUAUAACUUUUCUGACCCGGCGGCCGUCAGUCAUUAUCUGGCUUGCUGACGUUACAUACCUUGGCGCAGCAGCAGCAGCGCUCGCCGCUGCCGACCCUCUCGCCGACGGAGAGCUUACCUGUUGGAUUUCCACGGUGUGUGUCGGUUGGGUGUUCGUGCACCGAGAUUUUUUUCCCUGAUGGGUGUGUCGGUUGUCCAGACCUCGACGGCGGCAUGACUUCAUGUGUUCCACAGGCCUGACCCCAGCCGCUCGUGGUCUGAGCACGUUUGAUGGGAUUACCCUGCGUUCGGAUACCAGAACUCCGGAUAGCAGCGCGAUCGGCAGGAAUUAAAGCUUUGAUGCUGGACUCCUGCUGCCAAGAUGGUCAUAGUUACACGGGGAGACUACAUCUGGAUAGAGCCCCAGGCCAAAAGGGAAUUUGAUGUUGCCAUCGGGGCCCGAGUGGCCUCAGCAGAAGGGAGGAGGAUACAGGUCAUUGACGAUGACGGCAAGGAACAAUGGCUCACGCCAGAGAGGCGUAUCAAGGCAAUGCACCCGACGUCGAUUCAAGGAGUGGAGGACAUGAUAUCGCUAGGAGAUCUUCACGAGGCCGGCAUACUUAGAAACCUCCUGAUUCGCUACAACGAGAACCUCAUAUACACUUACACGGGCUCGAUCCUGGUAGCGGUGAACCCGUACCAGAUCCUGCCGAUCUACACUGCGGAGCAAAUCAAGCUCUACAAGGACAAGAAGAUUGGAGAGCUGCCACCACACAUCUUUGCCAUUGGCGACAAUGCUUACACCAACAUGAAGAGGUUUCACAUCAACCAAUGCGUCAUCAUCAGUGGAGAGAGUGGAGCCGGCAAGACAGAAAGCACAAAGCUGAUCCUACAGUAUUUGGCGGCCAUAAGCGGACAGCACUCCUGGAUCGAGCAGCAAAUCCUUGAAGCCAACCCUAUCUUGGAAGCAUUUGGAAAUGCCAAAACGAUCCGCAACGACAACUCGAGUAGGUUCGGCAAGUACAUCGAUAUCCAUUUCAACAAGCAGGGUGUCAUUGAGGGAGCCAAGAUUGAGCAGUACCUGCUGGAAAAAUCUCGGAUCGUCAGUCAGGCCCACUCCGAGAGGAACUACCACAUCUUCUACUGCAUGCUCUCGGGGUUGAGCAAGGAGGACAAGGCCAAACUGGAGAUCCAGGAUGCUUCCAAGUACCACUACUUAACUCAGGGAGGAAGCAUUACGUGUGAAGGCAGGGAUGACGCGGCAGAGUUUGCGGACAUUAGAUCCGCAAUGAAGGUGCUCAUGUUCUCUGACCAUGAGAUAUGGGACAUCCUGAAGAUCUUGGCCAUUGUACUCCAUUUGGGCAACAUCAAGUACAAACCUACCAUGAUCGACAACCUUGACGCUGUUGAGAUUGUCAGUGCCGGCAGUGUACAGAAUGCAGCCAAAAUCUUGGAGGUGAACCAACAGCACCUAAUCGAUGCCCUCUCGACGCGAACCAUCUUUGCGCACGGGGACACGGUGGUGUCGACCAUGAGCGUGGACCAGUCCAAGGACGUGCGGGACGCCUUUGUGAAGGGCAUCUACGGCCGCAUGUUUGUCUGGAUCGUCAACAAGAUCAACUCGGCCAUCUACAAGCCCAAGUCAGCCGCGGGCCACUACCGAACCUCCAUUGGAGUGCUCGACAUCUUCGGUUUUGAGAACUUCAUGGUGAACAGCUUUGAGCAGUUCUGCAUCAACUACGCCAACGAGAACCUGCAGCAGUUCUUUGUGCGGCACAUCUUCAAGCUGGAGCAGGAGGAGUACAAUCUGGAGUGCAUCAACUGGCAGCACAUUGAGUUUGUGGACAACCAGGACUGCCUCGACCUGAUCGCCGUCAAGCCCAUGAACAUCAUGGCCCUCAUCGACGAGGAGAGCAAGUUCCCCAAGGGCACCGACCAGACGCUCCUGAACAAGCUCCACAAGACCCACGGCACCAACAAGAACUACUUGAAGCCCAAGUCUGACAUCAAUACGGCCUUUGGGCUGAGCCACUUUGCUGGGGUGGUGUUCUACGACGCCAGGGGCUUCCUGGAAAAGAACAGGGACACCUUCAGCGCCGACCUCAUUCAGCUCAUUCAAGUCAGCAACAACAAGUUUCUGCAGAACCUGUUUGUCAAUGACAUUGGCAUGGGAACAGACACUCGCAAGAAGACACCCACCCUGAGCGCCCAGUUCAAGAGGUCCUUGGAUUCGUUGAUGAAGGCACUGAGUCAGUGCCACCCUUUCUUCAUCAGAUGCAUCAAGCCCAAUGAGAACAAGAAACCCAUGAUGUUUGACCGGGAGCUAUGCUGCAAGCAGCUGCGUUACUCUGGCAUGAUGGAGACGAUUCGCAUCCGGAGGGCGGGCUACCCGAUCCGGCACACGUUCCGGGAGUUUGUGGAGCGCUACCGCUUCCUCAUCCCCGGCGUGGGUCCCGUGCACAAGGUGGACUGCCGUGCCGCCACGGCCCGUAUCACGGCCGCCGUCCUGGGCAAGGCAGACUUCCAGAUGGGGAAGACUAAGGUGUUCCUCAAGGAUGCUCACGACCUGUUCUUGGAGCAAGAGCGAGACAGGGUGCUCACCAGGAAGAUCCUGAUCCUGCAAAAGGCAAUCAGGGGCUGGUACUACCGGCGACGCUUUCUCAAGAUGCGCAAGAGUGCUGUUGUCAUCCAGCGCUGCUUCCGGACAUACCUCCAACGCAAACGCUUUGUGGCGAUGCGGACAGGGUACCAGCGCCUGCAAGCACUCAUCCGCUCUCGAAUCCUGUCGCACCGCUUCAAACACCUCCGAGGCCACAUUGUGGCUCUGCAGGCUCGAUGCAGAGGCUUUGUGGUGCGCCGAGAGUACCAGAAGAAACUCGCCGCCGUCAUCAAGAUCCAGGCGUUUGUCAAGAGGGUAAUCGCCCAGAAGAACUUCCAAAGGAUGAAGGUCGAGCACCAGCACAUGUUGGAAGCCCUGCGUCUGAGGGAGCAGGAAGAAGCCAUGCUGAAAAAGCAGAUGAACCCCAAGAAGGCUCGGGAGAUUGCCGAACAAAAGUUCAGGGAACGACUUCAAGAGCUUCACAUUCGUCAGCAGGAGGAGGACGUGCAGGUAAAGCGGAACCUCGAGCAGAAGAUGGCCGUCAUCAAGGAUGCCGCCAGCAGACAGGACGAGCCUCUCGACGACUCCAAGCUGGUUGACGUCAUUUUCGAUUUCCUUCCCCGCUCGGAAUCUGUCAACGAACAAGUUGGACCUUCAGGAUUCAAGGACCUGGAAGCGUCCCGCGAGAACGCAAUCAACGGGGGCGAGGUGGAAGGCUCGAUCCCGGCAGCGCCCGAGGAGAAAGACGACCUGACGGAGUACAAGUUCCAGAAGUUUGCGGCCACCUACUUCCAGGGCACUGCGAGCCACCAGUACCAGAGAAAGCCCCUCAAGAACUCCCUGCUGCCGCUGCAGACCCAGGGAGACACCAUGGCUGCCUUGGCACUGUGGAUCACAAUCCUGCGCUUCAUGGGAGACCUGCCAGAGCCCAAGUUCCACACGAUGGACAGAGACAACUCGUCAGUGAUGAGCAAAGUGACUGCCACCCUUGGCCGGAACUUCAUCAGGACCAAGGACUUCCGUGAGGCCCAGAUGAUGGGGGUGGACACUGACUCGUACACGAAGCAGAAGUCCCGCAGCAUCCGCAACAAGCUGGUGUCACUGACGCUCAAGCGCAAGAACAAGAUCACAGAGGACGUGCGGCGACACCUGCAGGAGGAGGAGCUGGCGGCGGACAACUACGGCCACUGGCUCGAGAGCCGGCCCACCUCCAACCUGGAGAAGCUGCACUUCAUCAUCGGCCACGGCAUCCUGAGGGACGAGCUCAGGGAUGAAAUCUACUGCCAGAUCUGCAAGCAGCUCACAAACAACCCAGAGAAAAACUCACAUGCGAGGGGAUGGAUCCUCCUGUCACUCUGUGUGGGAUGCUUUGCACCCUCGGACAAGUUUGUGAAGUACCUGCUGAACCUGAUCAGGGAGGGGCCUCCGGGCUACGCGCCGUACUGCGAGGAGCGCCUGCGACGGACGUUCAUGAACGGCACGCGAGGGCAGCCCCCUUCGUGGCUCGAGCUGCAGGCAACCAAGUCCAAAAAGCCCCUGAUGCUGCCCAUCACCUUCAUGGAUGGCAACACCAAGACCCUCCUGGCAGACUCUGCCACCACGGCGAGGGAGCUCUGCGCCCAGCUGUCGGGAAAAAUCGGCCUCAGGGACCAGUUCGGGUUCUCGCUCUACAUUGCCCUCUUCGACAAGGUGUCGUCGCUGGGCAGCGGCGGGGAGCAUGUGAUGGACGCCAUCUCACAGUGCGAGCAGUACACCAAGGAGCAGGGGGCCCAGGAGCGCAACGCCCCCUGGCGGCUCUUCUUCCGCAAGGAGAUCUUCGCCCCCUGGCACGACCCCACCCAGGACCCGGAGGCCAGCAACCUCAUCUUCCAGCAGGUCGUGCGUGGCAUCAAGUUCGGCGAGUACAAGUGCGAUAAGGAAGAGGACCUGGCCAUGAUUGCCGCCCAGCAGUACUAUGUGGACCACGGGGCAGAGCUGAACAUGGACACCCUCCUUGCCCUCCUUCCCACCUACAUUCCAGACAACUGCCUGCAGGCCAGUGACAAGGCCCUGGAACGCUGGGCCAGCCUUGUGGUGCAGGCUUCCAACAAGAGCUACUACUUCCGGGAGCGUGUGCCCCCCGCCCGCGUCAAGGAGGACGUGGUGGAGUACGCCAAGCUCAAGUGGCCGCUGCUGUUCUCCCGCUUCUACGAGGCCCUGCGCUGCUCGGGGCCCCUGCUGCCCAAGAACGACGUCAUCAUUGCCAUCAACUGGACGGGUGUCUACGUGGUGGACGAGCAGGAGCAGGUGCUCCUUGAGCUCUCCUUCCCCGAGAUCACCUCCGUGGCCAGCCACAAAGGAAAUCGUCCGUUCCUGCAAAGCUUCACACUAAGCACAGUUCGGGGAGAGGAGUUUGCCUUCCAGUCCCCCAACUCCGACGACGUGCGAGACCUGGUUGACUUCUUCCUGGAUGGCCUGAAAAAGCGGUCCAAGUUUGUCAUCGCCCUCCAAGAGUACAAAGGUGAUGUAGCGAACUACUUGAGCUUCGACCAGGGAGACCUGAUUCUGCUAGAGGACAACAUGUGCGGCGAAGUGGUGCUCAACAACAACUGGUGCACUGGGCGCAACGAGCGCACGGGAGAGAAGGGCGACUUUGCCUCGGAGUAUGUGUAUGUGCUGCCGGCCCUGUCGAAGCCUGCCACAAACAUCCUGGCCCUGUUCUCUCAAGAUAGUGCCGAGAACGGCAAGAAGCUCUUUCAGCAGACGCCAACCAACGGGGUGGAGUCGAGGGAGCACCCCCACACCCUCGAGGAGUACUCGAUGGACUUUUUCAGGCCCCUGCCCAAGAAGAGCCUGCAGCGAACGUUGACGCUGUCGUCUGCUCGCCGGCGGGACGGAGAGCAGCUCUGGCGCCACUCCAGGGAACCCCUGAAGCAGCCGUUGCUCAAGAAGCUGCUCAACAAGGAAGAACUCAGCCAGGAGGCCUGCUUUGCCUUCAACGCUAUCCUCAAGUACAUGGGAGACCUCCCAUCCAGGAGGACAAGAUCCAGCAAUGAGCUGACCGAUCAGCUCUUCGAAGGACCACUCAAACAUGAGAUCCUGAGAGACGAAAUCUACUGCCAAGUGAUGAAACAGCUGACCGACAACAAGAACAGGUUGAGCGAGGAACGAGGCUGGGAGCUCAUGUGGCUGGCCACGGGGCUGUUUGCGCCGAGCCAAUCGCUGCUGAAGGAGCUGAUGCAGUUCCUCCGCACCAGAGCUCACCCCAUCUCUUUGGACUCCCUUCAGCGGCUGCAGAAGACGCUCAGGACCGGUCAGAGGAAGUACCCGCCACACCUGGUGGAAGUGGAGGCUAUUCAGCACAAGACGACACAGAUCUUCCACAAGGUCUACUUCCCAGAUGACACGGAUGAGGCAUUUGAAGUUGACUCUGGAACAAGAGCGAAGGACUUCUGCCUGAAUAUCAGCCAGCGGCUGAACCUGAGGACUGCCGAAGGGUUCAGUCUCUUCGUCAAGAUUGCCGACAAAGUGAUCAGCGUGCCUGAGGGCGACUUCUUCUUCGACUUUGUUCGACACCUUACUGACUGGAUACGCAAGGCAAGACCGACGAGAGAUGGGUCUAUCCCCCAGUUCACGUACCAAGUGUUCUUCAUGAAGAAACUAUGGACCAACACUGUUCCUGGGAAGGACAAGAACGCCGACAUCAUCUUCCACUUUCACCAGGAGCUUCCCAAGCUGCUGCGCGGCUACCACAAGUGCACCAAGGAAGAGGCGGCAAGGCUGGCUUCACUCAUCUAUAGGGUCCGCUUCGGGGAAAGCAAGGUGGAGCUGCAGGCCGUUCCGUCCAUGUUGCGGGAGCUUGUGCCUGCCGACACCAUCAAGGCCCAGAGUGCAAAUGACUGGAAACGGGCCAUUGUGACUGCCUACAACCAGGACGCAGGCACAUCUCAGGAGGACGCCAAGAUCAUGUUCUUGAAGAUCAUCUACAAGUGGCCAACGUUUGGAUCGGCAUUUUUCGAAGUGAAGCAAACAACAGAACCCAGCUAUCCUGAGCAGCUACUGAUAGCAAUUAACAAGCAGGGAGUGAGUUUGAUCCAUCCAGUUUCCAAGGAAAUCCUAGUCACCCACCCGUUCACACGCAUCUCCAACUGGAGCAGUGGAAAUACCUACUUCCACAUGACCAUCGGCAACUUGGUGCGGGGCAACAAGCUUCUCUGCGAGACACCUCUCGGUUACAAGAUGGACGACUUGUUGACCUCGUACAUCAGCCUGCUUCUGACGAACAUGAACAAACAGAGGACGCUGCGGGUGAAGUAGCGGGACACGGCUGAUGGAAGCUCGCCCAGAGACUGCGGAUGGGAUGGGAUGGGAAGGACGAGGAAGGGAACGGGAAAGACUCUCUUCGUGCGACACUUUGGCACGACGGAACUGCAAGGUUGUGCGCCACUCUUUAACAGAGGGUUAGGGUCCCUUCACACAGACUUACCGCAUCUCUCGGCCUUUCGCUCUGACGCAGCAUUUAACGGAGACGACGCACUUAAGCCGUCUCUUUUGUUUUUUUUCCCCCCUCAGUUGGGCAAUUGUUUUACUUUUAUUUUUGCGUAUUAUACAUACCGCUCGUAUAUACAUACUAUAUAUAUAUAUAUAUAUAAAUAUAUAUAGGAACACAUAAGGUUGCCGUUUUUUUUUUUUCUUUAUCGCAUUCUACAUUCUAACAAUGAUCUGUGUGACACGUGAAUGUAAAGUUAUUUUUUCUCUCUACUAUGAGCGACCCUCCACGGCUGUGGCCACCUCAUUUUAAGAAUGCAAAGUGGCAGGCUUAUGUGGUAUGAUUUGUUUUUGUUGUUUUUUUUAGAACCUUUAUUUAUCUGACUCAAGUUGGAAGUUGUCAAGGAUGGGAAAUUCUUCGCACUUCCAGAUAAUGAAAUUCCACGAAUGACAAUGUCAAUGGCCAAACGUCUUUCUUUCUUCUUUUAUGUUUUUUUAUGUACUAGCCUGCUUGUAAUUCAAGUGCCUUACACUGCUGUACAAUAUAAAUAACACGAGACAUUCCACAGGUAUCGUCCCAACAAGUGGCUUAAUUUGACCGGCAGCCAGAGUAUUUCUUUGUGUGUGUACAGAAUAUUGUGGCAACUACUACACAUUCCAAGACUAAAGGAUGGAGGGGUAGCUAUACCAGUAAUCACCAACGACAUCUACUGUAAAUGGUUAAAAUUUAUGUUGUGGACACAAUAAAGAGAGUAACAAAUUUA